UUAAUCUCAGGAAUUCUGAUGUUUAAUAACAUGAACUUCGUGUGUGCGCGCGCGCACGUGUGUGUGUGCGCGUAGGUGCGUGUGAGACUCACUCUGUGGUGUUUUCCUUCUCUGGGAGGAUUCAGCAUCAGUUGGUCUCUCUGCUCUUCCUCCAUCCUGGGUCUCUGAGCCGCGGAGUCUCAGCGGGUUAGUCCGGGGGAUGGUGCCUCUCUCUCGGUGUGUCUCAGCGGGUUAGUCCGGGGGAUGGUGCCUCUCUCUCGGUGUGUCUCAGCGGGUUAGACCGGGGGAUGGUGCCUCUUCUCCCGGGCUGAAGUUCGGGGCAGCACCGGGAACUUGACGCAGUUUGAACCGGAGCGGAGGCAGACAGAUCCACACAGUAAUCGAGCUCUCCACCUCCUCCUCCUCCUCCUCCUCCUCCUCCUCUUCAUCCCUCCCUGCAGACGUCAGUGGAGCGUCUCAAUCCCGCCCGGCGUUCAGGUUAAUCUGAUUAGGAUGUUCUCCUGAGGCGUCUCUGUCCAUGACGGCCAAGAUGGAGACUCCAUUCUACCACGAUGACGCCCCGGCCGUCCCCGGCUUCAGCCAGGGGGCGGAGUUUGAGCGUUACCCGGGAACCAAGAUGCUGAUGAGCAAGAAGGCCAUGUCGGUGACAGGAAGUCACCACUUCCUCGCCGGUGGGAACCCGACAGGGGGGCGGAGCGGGAACCCCAACAGCCUGCCGCUGGCCGGGAACAGCUCCCUGAUGUCUUCGUCAGGAGACAUGAACCUGCUGAAGCUGGGCUCUCCGGACCUGGAGCACCUGAUCAUCCAGUCCAACCAGGGUCUGGUGACCACCAGUCCCGUGUCCGGCUCCAGCAACCCCUUCAUCUACCGCAACCAGGCCACCAACGAGCAGGAGGGCUUCGCCGACGGCUUCGUCAAAGCUCURGCAGACCUCCACAAGCAGAACCAGCUGGUGGGACCCAUGUCCCCGUCCUCGUCCUCUGGCGUCUCCUACCAGAGGAACCUGAUGUCCGCCGGAGACAUGCCGGUCUACACCAACCUGAGCAGCUACGGCCCCGCCCAGCACCCGUACUCCGCCGGGCAGAUGGCGUACGGCGGGGGGGUCGCUCCGCAGUCCCACCCCCGAGGCCUGGACGCCCCUCAGACGGUCCCGGAGGUGCCCCACCCGUCGGGGGGGGACCCCACCUCCCCGCCCUCCCUCUCCCCGAUUGACCUGGAGACGCAGGAGCGGAUCAAGGCCGAACGCAAGAAGCUGCGCAACCGCAUCGCCGCGUCCAAGUGCCGCAAGAGGAAGCUGGAGCGCAUCUCCCGCCUGGAGGAGAAGGUCAAGGUCCUGAAGAGCCAGAACUCGGACCUGGCCUCCACCGCCGCCAUGCUGCGGGAGCAGGUGGCCCAGCUCAAACAGAAGGUGAUGAGCCACGUCACCAACGGGUGCCAGAUCGCCGUGGGCUCCGCCUCCAGAUCCAGAGGAGGCGGGACCAGCGAGGACUCCAGCUGCUGAGGUCUACGUGAGGACGGAGGAUUCACGUUUACGGCUGAGACUGAGCGUCUCGCUGUCAGGACACUUUACGAGGAUUUACARCCUCUGUCAAUCAUCCUGCCACGGAGGCGGAGCUACAAGGUCAGGAGAGGCUGGGGGAGGGGCCAAUCUCUCCUGUUUUUAUAAAGGACCUGCAGAUUUUCAUGUCUGAGGCGUUUCUUCAUGAAAUUUUAUUUAAUUUUACUUUUUUCAUCUUUUCAGGUGUUUCUGCUUCAAACACUCGGUUCUGGAAACAGAAACAUUAAUAAAUCCUUGAAGAUGAACAUUUUUACAGUGUAACUUCAGGAAUAAAAACUAGAAACUGUAGAAACAUCGUCACCUUUUAAGAAAGAAAAUAUUUGAAAGAAUCAUUUUUAUGUCCUAACCUACAAUAUUUAAUGUUUAAAAUGACAUUUUGAWUAAAGAAAGUUCCUGUUUUUAACUGAUUUAAUGAACUUUACAGACAUUUUUUCGGUAAUCUGAUGAUGCUUUCAGCUGCUUCUCUUGACUGUUUUACUUGUCUGCAGUUGAAGAAUAUUUAAAGAGUAAAAAAAUAAACAAAAUUUCAGAAAAG